AGCGUAAAGCUCCAAAUUUCGAGCCAAAAUGCACUUCUUCCCAAUCCUCCUCCUAUCAAUCCUACUGAUUCUGAUCUCCACUUGCUCAUCAACCUUGGUCAACAACUCUCCGACCGCCGCCUUCGACACUAACGCCUAUUCUGAGCUCAACGCAAAGGCAAAAGCUUCGAUGCGUCGGUUGGCCGAUAUUCUGGACUUCGAGAUGUAUCAACGACGUUUGUCGGCGGCUCCCGACAACUCAUAUUAUUAUCAAAUUUCCCCGCCACAUCAUCAACGCAUUUCCUCACUUCCGCUGACCAUUUUCCCGCUGCCAGACAAACGAUUGCAUCGGAUAGGCGGAAAUAUUGUUAUGGGAAAAUAAAAUGACAUCUUCUUUGGCUACAAACACACUAAUACUACUACUACUACUGAUGAUGAUGAUUAUUAUUUGUAUUGUUAAUUGUAUUAUUAUUAUUCAUCUAAUUAAAUAAUAUUAAUGAUAUAAUACAACUGAAUAAUAAUAAUAAUAAUAAUAAUAAUAAUAAUAAUAACAUGUUCAAUAUGUCUUAUGAAGUUUGAAUAAAAAAGUGUAUAGU